CUAAAGCAUAUCCUCCAUUUAUCACUCUUUAUCUCCUCCGGAUAUAGCUGCCCCCUCCAUCUUGUCUAAUAAUUCAAUAACUUCCACGUUUUCUUAUCUCCAACCGAACGCUGCCUCGUGGAUGUCACGUUUUUCACGGCUACUGCAUAUAUGGAUGGGUUUUGCGUUGAUAAUGGCCGCCCCAACCCGCGUAUUCUCUUCCACGCAGCCCGAUCGCGCUCCGUCUGUUUCAAUGGCUGAACCGGCAAUUCACAAAGGAAAAGUCGAGGUAGAGGUGUUCGAUACGGAGGAGAUUCUGGCGGUGUCUCUGGCGAAGUACAUCGCCGACCUGUCGGAGAAGUAUACCAAGGAGAGAGGCCGUUUCACCGUCGUUCUCUCUGGAGGUUCUCUGAUCGACUCGCUCAGGAAAUUGCUAGAGGCGCCUUACGUGCAUUCGGUGGACUGGUCAAAGUGGCAAGUCUUCUGGCUGGAUGAGAGAGUGGUUGGUUUAGACAGUGAAGAUAGCAAUUAUAAGCUCGCUUACGAUGGCUUUCUGUCGAAGGUGCCCAUUCCCCCUGGCAAUGUCCAUGCGAUCAACGGCAGACUGGGGGCAGAGGGCGCAGCCAAGGAAGCAGCGGUUGACUACGAAGCCCGUCUCAAACAUCUGGUUCACACGAAGGUAAUCGACGAACACCAUCCCGCUGGAUCUCCCAUAUUCCAUCUCAACCUAAUGGGCAUGGGUCCGGACGGCCACGUGGCUUCUCUGUUCCCGGAACAUCCUCAACUCCACGAGAAGCAUCGCUGGAUCACCUUCGUCACGGACUCGCCAAAGCCGCCGCCCAAGAGGAUUACCAUGACUUUUCCGGUGAUCAACUCGUCGGCAAACAUUGCGAUGGUGGUUACCGGGACAGAGCAAGCCCACGCAGUGAGCGUGGCGCUGGGUAAGGCCAACAGCCCUCACGUACUGCCCGUCCAAAUGGUUCGCCCUGCACCAGGAGAGCUCACUUGGUUUCUAGACAAGGCUGCAGCGUCCCAGCUGUAGACUGCUGGCAGCACCUGCAAGUGUUUGUAAUAAGCCAAAUAAUAAUAAUAGCAAGGCUGCAGCGUCCCAGCUGUGGGAACUGCUGGUGUGAUAAGCUAUGUAACAAUAAUGAGGGGACAGUGCAAUAUCCCAAGCUGGCGCACGCCGUCUGUAAUGUCGCAAUAUUAAGGUAUGCUUUUUCCUUCUA